GGCGACGGGCGGUUCGCGUGUGGAUCGAGAAUAAAAUUAUAGCACGUGAAACAAAAACGAUCGAAAGAUAGGAGAGAAACGAAAAUAAAGUAAAUAAUGUACACAGUGCAUAACCAUAUAUAAUUAAAAUAAAUUUACGCUUCGCUGACGAUCUGCAUAAGUUCAAUGAAGAAGCCAGCAGAAGGCGCACAAGACAAAGCAGACACUGAAAAUCGAGGAGUAAAGGGAGCAACAACAAGAGCGAGUGACAAUUUUAGUAAUUACCUGUGAAAAGUGCAUACAACAAAUAAAACAAAAAUUAAUACAAUUCGAAUUAUCAGCUAUGUGUCAAAGAAUUCAUAAGAAAUAUCUGUGAUUUUUUGUCUUAUAUGUAAUUUCAUUCAUACAUAUAUUGCGUUUUGUGUUAGUAGCUUGGUCGCUUCCUAUGCGCCAUUCUAUUUUUUUGCGUCUCAAACAUAACGGAGAAAGCAUCCGCAAUAACAACAACAAAGAACAACAAUUUGCUGCAACAGAACUUUUACAACCGAAACAGCAGCGUGUGUGACGUCGUCGACGCAACAGACGAAUCCCAUCAACUUAUAUCGUCUUAGCUAGUCGUAAUUAUCGGCUAUGACCCUCUUGCCAGACUUAAAGGCUGCUGAUGCCGCAUGCUGUGGCGGUGGUGGCAACAGUUCAAGUGACGCCAGCAGCAGUGGAAGUGGAAGUUGCGGCAAUGUCAACACGAAAGGACAACUUCAUGAGAGCACGAAAGGAUGCCUGGGCUUUGAUUGUUGCACCGCCAAGGCGGGAUCCAGUUCCGAAAUAUCCAUCGAUGAGACUGCAUCGACAUCUUCGCGCACUCUGGCAGCGAAAGUAAACAAUAAUCUGAGUAAUUUCGAUAAAGAAAUCUAUGCCAAUUUCGAUCAUUGCCAAAAAGUCGAUAUCGAGUUUUCCGAUGUCCGUUAUGAAGUGCGUAAAUUUUCCUUUCCCGAACGCAAAUUUGUGACCAAGGAAAUUCUACAUGGUCUAAAUGGACAAUUUCGUGCUGGUGAAUUGACAGCCAUUAUGGGACCCUCUGGAGCUGGCAAGAGUACGCUACUUAACGUCAUGUCGGGAUUUUGCGCCACUGGAGUCUCGGGCAGUAUACGAGUGAACGGUAAACCUAUGUCGCCAAGUUCAGAAAAAUUUCGCCAAAUGGUAUGCUAUAUUCAUCAAGAUGAUCUAUUGAGACCACAGUUAAUGGUGGGUGAAGUAAUGCUGCUGGCAGCUCAUCUUAAAUUGGGAUUCAAAGUCUCGAAAACGCACAAAAUGAAUUUGAUCAAACAUAUUCUUACUCUGUUGGGUCUGGAUCAUCGUUAUAAUGUCUUUACUGCAAAGCUUUCGGGUGGACAGAAGAAACGUCUCGCCAUUGCCCUGGAAUUGAUAAGCAAUCCUCCUGUACUCUAUCUGGAUGAGCCAACAACGGGUCUGGAUAGCUCAUCUUGCAGUUCUUGUGUGGCACUGCUAAAGAAACUUGCCCUUCAGGGUCACACAAUUGUGUGUACCAUACAUCAGCCGAGUGCCUUGAUCUUUGAAAUGUUUGACAAACUUUAUACGGUGGUCGAUGGCCAUUGUAUGUAUCAGGGGCCUGUCCGAGAACUAGUUCCAUUUCUUGCCGAACAGCAGCUGGUGUGUCCUAGCUAUCAUAAUCCUGCCGAUUAUUUGCUGGAAGUAGCAGUAGGGGAACAUCAACGAGAUUUGGAUGAGUUAAUAAAUGCGGCCAAUGUUAAGUAUUAUGAUGAUGUAGCUCGAUAUCGGUUCAUUAAGCCAGCCGAUGUAACCAGAAUAAUGGCAACAAUAAAAGAAAAUAUUGAAGGCAGCAAAAUAAGUCAAAAACAGACAUUACCCAAUGUGGCGCAAUUCUCAAGUUUUGAUUAUGUAAAACCAGCCCAGCAGGAUUUGGCUCUUGAAGAGAUCAAGGCAUUGAGCGGAGCUUCCAAAGAGACAACAUUCGAGCUGCAAGAGAAGCAACAGUCUCAGUCACUGGCCAAUGUCACAGUCACAGAGAAGCAACAACACCUGCCCAUCAGUUCGGCCUCGUUCCUCAUGCAAUAUUUACUCCUGCUGCAACGCAUCUUGAUGUGUGCCAGACGUAACUAUUUUCUUUUGCUGGCUCGAAUCGUCUCGCACAUAUUUAUUGGCAUUAUUUUUGGCUAUCUGUACAUGAAUGUGGGUAAUAGUGCCACAUCGGUUCUUGGCAAUUAUGUCUAUCUGUAUGGCUCAACUCUACUUCUGGUAUACACGGGGAAAAUGGCUGUUGUCUUGACAUUUCCGCUGGAAAUCGAUAUGCUGACAAGAGAGCAUUUCAAUCGCUGGUAUAAAUUGGGGCCAUACUUUUUAUCGCUGAUCUCCUUUGAAAUACCCUUUCAGAGUUUGUGUACAGCCCUGUACAUAAUUAUUAGUGUGCAUUUAACAGGAAACGAUAGUGUUGAGUCCUUCCGCAUCUAUUAUUUCAUACUGCUGGGAAUAAUGGCUUCGUUGAGUGCCCAGGCCUGGGGUUUCUUUGUUGGAGCCACACUGCCGACUAAGCUUGCCGUCUUCCUGGGUCCCAUUCUGGCUGUGAUGUUCUCCGUUUUUGGCUUCUGCACACGUUACAUUGAUAUAACUCCUCUGUUUCGUUGGAUGUGGCACUUAAGCUAUUUCCGUGCGGGCUUCCAUGGUGCUUUGAAUGCCAUCUAUGGCAUGGAUCGCAAUUUCUUGGAGUGCCCUGACACGGCAAUUUAUUGCCAUUUCAAAUCUCCGGCUGUUUUUCUCAAGUACAUGAUGAUUUCGGAUGUUCAUAUGUCCGAUUGCUUAACACUAAUGAGCAUUGUGAUCAUUGUGAUGCAUGUUCUGACCAUUGCGACCCUCUGGUACAAGCUGAACAGGCGUUAGAAGCGAUUUUUAAGCUAUAUAGAUAUAACAUACCAUACAUCGAUUAAGUUUUAUGUUUUAUGUGUGUAGCCAUAUAAUAUAUAUUUGUCUAUAUAUAUAUAUAUAUGCUUACAAAUAUGUGAGGAAGGGUCUACAAUCUCAUUUUUAUCAACCCGAUCAGUUAAACUAGAAAUUCCCUGAUCAUCUAUUGUUUAACUUAAUUAUUUAUUCACAAUUUAGUUAGACAUACAUAUAUAUAAUAUCUCGACUAAAGGCUUUAGGGUAGUGAUUUAUUACAGUUUAGUUCUUAAGUUUGCUGAAAUACCAAAAACAAAUCAAAAUAGAAGCAAAACCAGGCAACAACCACAAAGCAAAUUCAUUACAAUUCAAUAUUCAAUCUACCUUGCCAUUUUCUUUUUCUUUCCAUUUUGUUUUCUAUACAUAUUUUUUAUUUAUCAUUUAAUUUUAGUGAAAAAUUGGGGCUCCUUCCCGCCGACCCCGUUGCUAUGCCAAAACAUAAAGUCACACAUUCAUUUUGUACGUACAUAUAUGUAGAACCCUUUAUAAUAUAAGUAUAUAAAAUAAAAUGGGGGUUACUUUAAGAAGCCAACAGCAAAAACUACUUUGUGAUUAAUUUGAUUAUGUAAUUGAACUUUUGUUUUGUGUUUUCUUUUAUUAUUUUAUUAUUAUUUUUUUUUGUUUUGUAUUAGUUUGUUUAGUUUCUAAGUGUUUAUAAUAAGAAUCCUCAUGUUUAGAAUGGAUGAACGAUCUUUUGCUUAUAUAUAGCUUUGAUUUUUUAAUAAAUAAAUUUUGGUACAGUUUUUAAUUGA